AUGGCAGUGAACCAGACGGCGGCGUUGAAGAGGUGUAGGUUGGUGGAGCCCUUGAAGUUCAAAAAUGGAAAGCCUCACUUUCCUCUCCUCGCCUCUGAUCCUGCGUUUCCAACCUUCUUCUCCCCUAAUUCCCAUUUCCAAAAUGAUAUCAACAAACACGACACUAGGCUCCGUAUAUUUUCUGGCACUGCUAAUCCUGCUCUUGGUCAGGAGCUUGGGAAAAUCAAGAUAAAGCGUUUUCUUGAUGGUGAGAUUUAUGUUCGGUUGCAAGAGAGUGUGAGAGGGUGCGACGUGUUCCUUGUGCAACCCACUUGUCCCCUCGCCAAUGAGAAUCUUAUGGAGCUUCUCAUUAUGAUCGAUGCUUGUCGAAGGGCUUCUGCUAAGAACAUUACUGCCGUCAUUCCCUAUUUUGGCUAUGCCAGGGCUAACAGAAAGGUCAGUUUCCUAUUUCUUUGUCAUGGAUGGAUGUAUUUAUUGGAAUAUGGGACUAAACGUCAGGGGAUUUUCAAGGAAACAACAGAUCACCUGUAUAAUGUAGCCACUCAGGAGCGGGAAACUACUUUGAAUCAGCUACUAAUAGAACUUGAUGGGUUUGAUACUGGCAAAGGUGUUAUAUUUUGGGCUGCUACAAAUCGUAGAGAUUUGUUAGAUCCUGCACUUCUCAGGCAAGGUCGUUUUGAUCGUGAGGUGCAUACUUUGGCUUUCUGUUCCGGUGUUUUGGAUUCUCUGGCGGUUGAAUUGAAAGCAUCAAAGGACUUCUCUAAGUUAUAUGCAGGCAUUAUUGUUGUUGCUGACACUUGGGACAGAUCAAGUUCUCAGCUCACACUAUCUAAUGACUUUGGUAGUUCUUAUUUCUCCUAG